UGAAAACAUUCGCCAAAAUUCUACAACGCAGCAGCGCCAAAGCACAACACAAACACCCUGAGUGACCAAGAAGCAAGAAGGCAACACACGACGCCGAAACGCUGACACAGAGCGGCAGCGAACGAAAGGAUGGCUUCGCGUGGUGACAAGGAGACGGAUGCGCUGAAGAAGAACCUUGAGGAGCAGCUGGACCGCUUGAUGGUGCAGCUGAGGGAUUUGGAGGAACUGAGGGAGGACUUGGACGACGAUGAGUAUGAGGAGACAAAGCAGGACACGAUUGAGCAACUCAAGGAGUUCCAGGAAUCCUUGAGCAAGCUCACAGAGGGCAACAUGUCCCUCGUGGACAACAUCGGUGCCAUGCAGCUGGCCAUCCAAGCUGCCGUCAGUGAAGCGUUCAAGACGCCCGAAGUUAUUCGGCUGUUUGCCAAGAGAGAGCCCGGUCAACUGCGCGAACGCAUCGCAGAACUUGACAAGCAGGUGUCCAUUGGCGGCAUUUCAAAGGAGUCUGCGAUUGAGCAGAAGGUGGAAAUCCUCACAGCCCUCCGACAGCUUGGCGAACAGAUUUCACCGGAAGAGGUGCAGUUCCUGACACAGCACAGCACCGCCGCCCUCGACGAGUUCCAGCGCGUCUCCGGCGAACUCAAUGCGAAUGUGUUGGCAAAGGCUGGCAGUCAAGUGCAGAGCGCAUCCAGCUGAUGAUGAUGAUGAUGAUGAUGAUGAUGAUGAUGAUGACGAUGAUGAUGAUGAUGAUGAUGAAAGAGCUGUUUCGUUUGGCUGGUUGUGCGUGCGCCGUGUCAUGUGUUUCAUUUUUUACUUGAACCCCCUCCGUCCCCUGUCUCCAUCUGCGUGUGUUGUGAAUGUAUUGACAACAACCCAACCCGACGGCCAAGACGCAAGAAGCAUCAAGCAUGGACAGUAAGAGUGGCAGUGGAGAAACGAAGCAAAUGGAUGGUUGGUAAGACCAUCA